AUGGAAAAAAAAUUGCCUGAAGAUCCAUCUUCAUCCCCGCGGUUGCCUCGGCCCUAUUUUAUUUUUUUCUUCCGUCUCUUUUUUUUUCUCUUGGGCAUUAAUACUCCUUCAUCUGUCCCCGUCGCACUUUUAUAUACUCUUUCUUUCUCUCUCUCCUCUUUCGCGACUCUCGAUAUAUCCCCGGAAACUUCAAAUUUCUUCAAUACCGUCAAAAUGGUCGAGAAGCUCUACGUCACCUACAACGAUGUGCACAAGAUGUGCCAAAAGUCAGCUGAGAAGCUUCUCCUCGACUUCCAGCCCACGCUCUUGAUCGCCAUCGGUGGUGGUGGUUACGUCCCUGCUCGAAUCCUCCGAUCUUUCCUCAAGAAGGGCGGCGCUCCCAACAUCCCCAUUCAGGCUAUCGGCCUCUCCCUCUACGAGUCUCUCGGCAACGAUGAGGUCGAGGCCCCCGGUACCAAGGUCACCCGAACACAGUGGCUCGACAUGAGCGCUCUCGGCGAGAUGCAGAACCUUGUCGGAAAGAAGAUCCUCAUCGUCGACGAGGUUGACGACACCCGAACAACUCUCGAGUACGCCGUCAAGGAGCUUGAGAAGGAUGUUGAGAUUGCCCGCCAGAAGAUGGGUGGUACUGCUCCCAAGACUGAGUUCAGCAUCUUUGUCCUCCACAACAAGGACAAGCCCAAGAAGGGAAAGCUCCCCGAUGAGAUGCUCGCCACCCGUUACUACGCUGCUGAGACCGUCGGUGAUGCCUGGAUCAACUACCCCUGGGAGGCCAUCGAUAUCGACGAGCACGACAGGAACGCUAGCCUGCAGACUAAGAGCAACUAA